UUCGAUUGCACUGCCGUCUCCCACGAUUAUGUUCGUCAGUUUUAAAAUCAAAAUUUUCGCAUCAAGUUUACUUGUAUUGUUUUGAUUAAAUCACUUACAGUUAUUUUUAGUCAAUACUGUUAAGUUUAUUGUUGUAAUCUACUGAAAAAAUAAUGUCUGGUGAUGUUCAACCAAGAAAACGAAAGGAAAAAAGACGUAAAAAAGAAGAUGAAGAUACUGGAACUCCUCCACCAAUGUUGGUAAAUCCUGCAGAACAUGCUCCUGAUAAUGUUACGAUACAUAUCUAUAAGGAAGGCUCAACAGGAGGACAUUGGUGUGCUAGAAUUAUAUUUUUCGCCUUGUUCACAGUACUUAUUGGUUUAGUAGGAGUUAUCAUUUUUGAACAUCGUGGAACAACUGAUGUGGAUACUCCAAUAGCUUCUUCACAAUGGGCAGUAAUUUUUGAAGGAUGGGUUGAUGAUGUGUUUCCGUUUCAUGAUGCAGGAGAGCACGAAAAACAUGAUAAUGAAGUAAGUCAUGAGAUAGAUCAUGAAGAAGAGGAAGAACAUGAAGAAGAAGAAGACGAUCAUGACCAUGAGGAUGAAGAAGAAAAUGAGGAAGAUGAAAGUGGUGGGACUGAAGGUGAAGAUCAAGAAGAAGAAGAAGAUGUGGAAGGCAAUGAAAGUAAUCAAGUAGAAGAAGAAGAAGAAGAAGAUGAAGGUACUGAAGGUGUAGACGAUGAAGAAGAUCAAACAGAAGCAGAAGAUUAUGAUAAUAAUGAUGCUGAAGAAGAUGAAGGAACAUCAGACCAACAGACUGAUACAGAAGAUGAGGAAGAAGAACAACAAGAAGAUGAAGAUGAGGGAGAUGAAGGAGUUGACUACAAAUCAGAAAAUGAUGGUUUUUCAGAAGAUGAUGAUAUGGGAGUCCUUGAUGAAAUUGAUGAUAAUCAAAAUGAUGACAAUGAAGAGCAAAAUGAUAAUGAUGAUGAUGAAGAAGAUAUAACAAAUAUAUCAGCACCGGACUUAGAUAUGAGUAUAGAAGGAAUUAAACCAUUUGAAAAAGUGGAUGAAGAUGAUAUUUAUGAAUACGUUAGCAUACCAGGAGUCAAUGAUAUUGAUGAUAGUACUGAACCUCUAGAAGAAGUUGAAGAAGGAGAACCUGAAGAAAUCAUCAAUGAAGUUGAAAUAGAACCUCUUAGAGACGAGGUAAUAGAAGAGGAUGAAGAAACAAGUGUGGCAGUAAAAUUUGGAGUUGGUGUUGCACUAGUCGUUGCCGCACAUUUUGUACUGGUUAGAAGGUGGAAAAAUGUUGAUGAUAUUCCUGAAGCUACUGAUUUAAGUAGAAGAAAUACUAUAAUACCUCCACCUGAUCCUAAACAACUCAAUAUUAAAGGUGAUACAGCACAAAAACAACAACAAAUCAAGCAUCUCCAAGAGCUUGAAUCAAAAUACAAAAAUUUACCUACCGAAGAAAUAAAAAAUCUUCACAAUAAACAAUCAGGAGCUUUUCAAGCUUCUAAAAAUUUUUCAAAGAAAGAGGAUCAAGUGAAUAUUCCUUCACCAGGUAAGAAGGAUGAGCCAGAGUUUUAUACUUCUGAAAGUGAACGAUUUUCGGGGACAGAACAAGAAUCGGAGUACGAUGAAGAAGAUUUAGAAGAUGAAGAAGAUCUUGAAGAAGAGGAAGAGAUAGAGGAUGACGAAGUUGAAGUUGAAGAAGUUGAUGAUCAUGAAUUAGUAGCUAAGUUGGAAGCUAAAUACGGAAAACUUCCAACUCCAAGUCAAAGUGAAGAAGAAGAGGAAGAAGUAGAAGACGAGGAAGAAUAUGAAGAAGAGGAAGAGUUAGACGAUGAAGAAGAAGAACAAGAUAUUGGUGAUUGGAAACGUCUGAAUGCUCCACAGCCAAUGCAUUCCGGUGUAGAAAAAUCUAAAAAUAAAAAUACUAAAGAAGUUUCAAAAACACCUCAAUCAAGCUCUCGUGGUGGUCGACAAGAAUUCGACUUUACAGAACCAGUUGAUAAUAAUGAUGUAAAUAUUCAAGAAGGAAUUGAGCAGUGGUUAGCUGGGGACUUGGAUAAUUAAUAUUUUGUAAAUAAUAAUUAUAAUUGGAAGUACAAGAAUAAUAAAAAAUUUUCAAGUAUCCAGAUUAUUCAACUCGUCUGUAUUAAAUACUAAUAAUAGCGAGAACAUAGUAAAAAUCAACUCUAAUAAGAUAUGGUUGAAUAUUUAUUAAAUUAAUUUUUCAAGAGUGAUAUAGCGUGGAAAUCAUUUUUUUACGACAGCAUUU